AUGCCCUUCAUAUCCUUAAAAAUAUUUCAUGGGAAUUCUUUGUUCUCUCCCUUGCCAUCGACAUUUCUCAAUUCUUUUAGUUAUCCCCAUCAGAAAGGUGUCAAGUUUCGUAGCAAUGAAGCAACAAACGUCGAUGGAGCAGGUGAAGUGGAUGCUACAGAGAAUGGAAGCAGCAGAACACAAAAAUCAUGA